AUGUCUCUCCUUCACAAUGAAGACUUCACUAUCUGGCAAUUACGAUCCUCCUACCUCUCCACAAUCAAAGACGGAAUCGGAGACCGCUUGAUAAAUGUCAACAAUUCAGUCCUCAAUACCCCCGGAUUUCGCGCCGCAGGCUGGUCGACCGCCACCACCAACAACAAUGCCAGUAGCGCAUCCUCGCUCAAACGUACAUACUCCCCACCCAUUCCUACGACAGCAGCCGUUUCCUCGGAAUACUAUCGCCUCGCAGUAAGAGACGCGAAUGCACGGGAUGAGCUUCAAGGUCUUGGUCUGGAGGACGGCGAAGAUGACGAAGGCGGGAUGGUCACCGGGAAGAGCAACGUGGAUCUAACAGGACGACGGGUUCAAGAUCGAGCUGCGAAGAAGAAGCUCCGACGUGAUCGUCAGCAGGAAGUCCAGCGGCAAGCCGUAGCAGAGGACGAUGAUAGCAGUGACCUGAGCGACAGUGACGAUGAUGGAGACAAUCCACGACGGUCGACCGAUCAAAUCGAUUUCCCCAAGCUACCCAUUCGUCGCGAACGAUCCGAUUCCUCUCCAAUUCGGUCGGAGGAACAGCACGAGCGACCCGAACUUAUGAUCACAUCACCCGCAGCGCAAAACAGUGCAAAUCACUACCGAGCGGGAUCCGGAUCCCUGGGGACAUCAAUUAAGAGCGGACGCCGGCCGCGGCGCGAUACCGCAACAAGCAGUGAGCUGUCCACGGACAAUGAGGUCGAUGCACAAGGGUACAGGCCGGGGCAGGUUCAAUUCUCGAACACCAACGAAGUGCUGGAGCGACCCCGGAGACGGCGAGAGAGGACGGGCAGCCGCGGUGCGGAAAGUUUGGCCCUCGAGGAUCUGCAAGAGCAGGACGAAGACUCCGGGGCGGAAUCUGUUGGAUCGGCUCUAUCCUCCGAGUUUGAUGCCACGGCCGGCUCUGGCUCACUGCUACUGGCUGGAGUGGGUAUGAGCGGUGGCUUGGAUUCAUCUUCACCAGUAGCGCUUAUGCAUAAACUGCCGACUGGGACUGGGCCUACGAGCAACUCUCCACGAAAGUCGAAGACACUUCCAACCCCCGAGCUUCAUGAUCUUCCACCACCACGGCCUAUCAGCAUCUUGCAGCCGGUGAGCUUGCUGACUCGACAAUUGAAGGCUCGGACUCGUGCUCCAAGCAAUCCAGUCGAGAAAUUCAUGGUUCUUUCUGGUUCUGGUCAGGGAGAUCCCCUCUACCUUAAAAUAUACCUGCCAUUUUCAUCCGAUCCCGAGAAGCCACUGGAUCUACCACUCAUGAGAGAAUCUAAGCUGUCCGAUCACCCUGCGCACGUUACCGUCGCUGAAGCGAUUGGUCUAGCACUAUGGAAGUAUUCUGAAGACGCACGAGAUCCCUCUCUAGAGCGUGAGAAGCUGACUGUGAAUCGCUGGGCCUUGCGAAUGGUCGACGACGGCGAAGUAGAAUACGACUUCCCAGCACUCGGCCGCGCACUUCCCAUGACGGAUUUUACAUCCAACAAUAACCAAGCUGCCAAAUCACGAGGACGCUCACGUGGAAAGCCAUACGAUGAGUUCGCACUAGUUGAAGCGUCCAACAGUGAGUUCGAAGAGAAUGAAAGACUGUACCCUCAGUACAGCCAGAGUGUAGGGUCCGACGAUAAUGAACCGCUGCCCCAGAUUGUGGUUCCAAGUGCUCAGCCCUCACCGCAAAUCAAACUUCCACUUGGGCGCCAUAAUCCAAUCCUGGGCCAGCCAUUCUCGUCUGCCCUCAACGACAACACAUUGACUCCCGCAGAUCGACCCGCAAUUCCUAUAUCCCAUGCGACACCUCGUCUUGGGGUUGCCAAGACCAUGAAGAUCCGUUUCCUCAACCUCGAAGGGUCGGCGCACGUUAUGACCCUAAACACAACCACCGAUAGCUACAUUGCGGAGAUUCUAGACUCUGUAUGCAAACGCUGGGGCUUGGACAAAGGCAAUUACCUUCUCAAGAUAGUGGGGUCAAGUACUAUGGCGCCUCUUGAUCGAACCGUGGAGGCCCUGGGAAAUAUAACAGACCUCGACCUUGUCAGACGCCGCUUCGGAGCAGUGCCCCUGUCCCUUGGUGGAUCACCAGGCAGCCCGAACACACCGCUUCAAUUGGACAACGGCUCUGGCAAUCCUACCGCAGUAAAGAAGGGCAAGAAAGGAAACCAUAUGCUUCCGUCGUCUUCUCAGAAGCAGGAUCUAAUUGGCGGUUACUAUCGUCGGUAUCAUGUCUACCGCAAGCAACCGAUGUCUUUUACCGCUUCCAAUCACCGCAUCCUUACCUUUGACAACGACUACAUGCAUAUCGUACCUGGUGAAACAGGCAAGACAGCUUCCGACUCCAAGACUCGCUCCAUCAACUUCAACGAUGUGGUUGGCUGUAAGGUGAGUCGGCGCCACCCGAAGAGCUUUCGGGUUGUUGUUCUACGUGGCAACGAAGCCAAUGAGCAGAAGCGGUAUGACUUUGAGGCUCGUAACGCCUUGGAAGCCAUUGAGAUCGUGGAUGAAAUCAAGAAGAACAUGGCGCAAUAUCGUGUUUGA